AAUUGCAAUUCUUGGGCUUGUCGCCUUUGUUGGGGCAGCUUCAAUAACUGACACGUUCAGCUCGGAAUGGAGCAACUUUAAGUCGAGCUUUGGACGAGGAUACAGAAGCCUUGACGAGGAGCUUCAGCGUCGAGAAAUCUUCGUUAGCAAUAGACUUUUGAUGAAUGAGCACAACAAACGCUUCAGAGCUGGCCUAGAAACCUUCGAAAUGGGCGUCAAUCAGUUUAGCGAUCUGACCUUUAAGGAAUUUGAGGGACUCUUCCUUUCGAGUCUUACUCCGGACAAUGCCUCGCUGGCUAAAGAGUCUGUCUAUGAACCAUCCGGUCGAGCCGUGCCCAGCAGUCUGGAUUGGCGCAGUCAAGGGGCUGUUACCCCAGUAAAAAACCAGGGAUCAUGUGGGUCUUGUUGGUCUUUCUCGGCAAAUGGCGCAUUGGAGGGACAGUGGUACCUGAAGACCAAGAAACUCAUCUCGCUCUCCGAACAAAAUUUGGUGGAUUGCUCUCGUGAAAAGUACGGCAACCAUGGCUGCAACGGUGGCGGGCCAGCCAGUGCUCUGCAGUAUGUGAUCGACAAUGGUGGCAUCAACAAUCAAAAUACUUAUCCUUAUGUGGGCAAGCAGAACAAUUGCAAAUAUAGCAAGAAUGCCAUUGCCGCAACGGUGCGAUCAAUUGCAUACGUGGAAAGCAAUGAGGGAUCCUUGAAGACGGCUGUAGCGGAGAAGGGACCCAUUUCAGUGGCUAUAGAUGUAACAGACAAUUUCAAGAACUAUAAGAGUGGCGUUCUUAACGAUCGCAUGUGCUCUACGAGUGUGAAUCAUGGAGUUGUUGUGGUUGGCUAUGGCAGUGAUGCCAAUGGAGGUGACUACUGGUUGGUGAAGAACUCCUGGGGCACGAACUGGGGUGAAAAGGGUUACAUUCGCAUGUCGCGUAAUCGUAGUAAUCAAUGCCAGAUUGCCACAUACGGUGUGUUUACUGUAGUGUAAGUAUUCUAUAUUCAAAAGCUUAUUAAA